GCCAGGCCUAGCCUAAGAUAUAAAUAAAGGCAGUAUAAAUUACUAAUCAAAAGGUUAGAGUUGUACACUAAAUCCAAUUAUAGUUUUAGCUGCCGUGUGCAAGGUUACGUGGCGACUUUACCGUUGACUGACACGUGGGCCCAACAUGUAAAACCCCUCUCUGCUCAAUCUAAUCGUCAAAGAACUAAAUUACUCUUCGGCGUCGGUUGCGAUCGAUCGAUGAUGGCUCGGGACGGCGGCGCCGUCGUCGACAUCUUGGCGGCGGCGGCGGCGGCGGUGUUGCUGUGCUGCUUUCUCCGGCCGGCGACGGCGAUGAUGGUGGAUACCAUCAGGUACGGACCACCCAGGGUGCCGUACCGGCUCGGCAGCGUCAUCGCCGUCGAUCUCGGUAACACCAACUCCUGCGUCGCCGGCUACGGCGGCGCCGACGGCGAGUCCACGCCGAUGUUCCGGCUCUGCAUCCCCACCUCGGUCGCCUUCACUGACGACGGCGCCACCCUCGUCGGCGAGGCUGCCAAGAACCACCCCGCCGCCAUCUCCGGCUUCAAGCGCCUGCUCGGGACAAGGUUCGACUCGCCGGACGUGCGGAGCGCCGCCGAGCACCUGCCGUACAAGAUCGUCGACUGGUGCACGAGGACUCACAUCGAGGUGAACGCCGGCGGUGCGGCGGCGAGGAGUAUGUACCCCUCCGACGUGGCCUCCAUUGUGAUCGCCGAGCUGAAGGCUCGCGCGGAGGCUCACCUCGGCGGGGAGGUCCACAACGCCGUCGUCACCGUCCCCUACUACUUCUCCGACGGCCCACGCGAGGCGGCCAUGAACGCCGCCGCGAUGGCCGGCCUGAUGACCGUCAGGAUCAUCGACGAGCCGACCGCCGCCGCCGUCUCCCACGGGCUCCACCGGAAUAAGCUCCGCGACGGCGGCAACGUCCUCGUGCUCCACGUCGGCGGCGGCACGUCCGACACGACCGUCCUCACCUACGACAACGCCGUGUUCGAGGCCAUCGCGUCAUACCACGACCUCCACCUCGGAGGCGACGACUUCGACGGCAAACUCGCCGACCACUUCACGCAGCUCAUCAAACACAGGCACGGCAUCGACAUCGCCGGCGACGACCUCGCCGUCGCGAAACUGAAAGCCCAAUGCGAGCGCGCCAAGAAGACGCUGACCGCCGCUGGCCACGACACCGCCCAAGUGAACCUCCACUCCCAGCUCGCCAAUGGCGUCAACGUCUCCUUCUCCGGGUCACUAACACGGCCACAGUUCGAGGAGCUCAACCACGACCUCUUCCAGAGGGUCAUCUCCCUCGUGGAGAAGGCAAUGGCGGAAACCAAACGCGUGCCGGGGUUCGACAUGAUCGAUGCCAUCGUUCUCGUUGGUGGAAGCACGAGGAUUCCGAGGAUUCGGGAGCUCGUCAAGAACUACUUCGACGGGAAGGAGACGGCGACGGCGACGAGCAUUAGCAGCGGGGCGGUGGCGAUGGCGGUGGUGGUGGAGCCGGACGAAGCUGUCGUCCAUGGAGGUGGGCUUCUGAGCCAUCCAAUGGAGGACGGGUACCUGUGCAUGGGAGCCGGUGGUCGCCGUCAGAUAGGGUCACCAAUGGACCGCUGUUACCAUGAAUUUUGACUGAAUUUAAAAUUGUAUUUAAAUAUUAAUACUGUCUGCAUUAUAGUGUUUUGUACAUCCUUAUGCCACCAUCUUUUCCCUUCAGAAUAAGU